AUGGGAAAGCGCGGUCUGGCGCGCAGACUGGUUGAAAGCGAUCCGUUACAAAGAUACGCCGAGCCCGUGUGGGUGACCACGCGGGCACCGAAGGAGGGGGAGGUGGACGGGCGGGACUACCAUUUCGUGGAGGACUUCGCCUUCCAAGUCAUGCGGGAGCAAGGGCGCUUCUUGACGGCCUAUCAGGAGGAAGCGGGGGAGGGCAGGGCCUGGUUCGGACUUCGGCCGAGCGACGUGGUGGACGUGAUGAGAAAGGAAGGGAAGGUGUCGGUGCUGGCGCUGGACGCCUUCGCUGCAGACAAGCUGCUGGCCUUGGGGGAGGCCCGCCUGAUCGGCGUCUGGGUGACUCUCAACACCGUGGACCAGCUGCGGGAGCGGUAUGGAGGGGAGGAGGGAGGGAAGGAGGAGGAGGUGGAGGCGGCGGUGUCGAGGGCGACUGUGGCCAUAGAGCACGCCCUCAUGGGGGAGGCGGGGAGGAGGGGCUUCUACGAGCACACCAUCUACGACGACAAGGGCAAGGAGGAGACGCUCCGGUCGCUGCGAGACUUUGCGGACUUCGCCCUCAGCCUGUGA